AUGGGAGAUGAGAGGGGAUACAGUGAAACUGAAAUCACAGAGUUUGUACUUGUUGGAUUUCCAUACUUUCCUGGUUAUCAGCCAGCAUUAUUUGCUGUCCUUUUAGUGAUCUACCUAAUAAUACUGGCAGGGAAUGCUUCCAUUUUAACUGUUGUUAUAGUUGAUCGACGACUACACAAACCAAUGUACUUUUUUCUUGGUAACUUGGCUGCUAUAGAUAUUAUGUUUACAACUACAACUAUUCCAAAGAUGUUAGCUUUAUUCUUGAUUAAUUCUAACACAAUCUCAUUCACUGCCUGCUUUACACAGUUAUGUGUCUUACAUGUUUUGGCGCUUUUUGAAUGUUUUCUUCUUGUAGUAAUGGCAUAUGACCGAUACAUAGCAAUCUGUAACCCAUUGCACUAUAUGUCUGUUAUGACAAAAAGAUUUAUUAUUAAAAUGACAAUAGGAUGUUUUAUACUAGCUUGCAUAGCAGUUGUAUCGCUUGUCAUUUUUACAGCUUUUCUUCCUUACUGUGGACCAAAUAAAAUUAAUAAUUGCUUCUGUGAUCAUUUCUUCAUUUCCAAAUUAGCUUGCACUGACAUUACUGCAAUUACCAUCUGGACAAUGUGCCUAGUACUCAUAUGUGUGUUUAUACCUUUUUUGCUUGUGGUGUUUUCAUAUGUCAAUAUUUUCAGGUCAGUGUUGAAAACCAGUUCUGCAGGCGGGCGGUGGAAAACAUUUUCUACUUGCAGUUCUCACCUAGCUGUUGUGAUAAUAUACUAUUUAUCAAUUGUUGUUAGCUACUCUUCAUAUAGAACAGAUGAUAUCUCCAGUGAUUUUCAUGCUGUUGGUACCAUCUUCUUUGCUGUUUUAGCUCCAGCGCUCAAUCCAGUCAUUUAUACACUCAGAAAUAAAGAGGUUAAAGAAGUUGUUAAAAUGUACAUUAUGAGAGCAGUAGUUCCAAAAAUCAUGAUGGAAAGUGCAAGCAGAGAGUUUGACUCUACACCUAAGGCUAACCAGGCAGCCUCUUUUAUGGGACGACUUGAUCGCCUACUUACUUUGGAAAGAAAUCCUUUGUUAUCUGUGGAUACUACUGUCUCGAGUACACAUGCACAUGAGUUGAGAGCAGACAACCAUGAUGAAUUUUUACAACUGUUUCACUCCACUAGGAAUAACCUUUAUAAGUUUAAGAGGUUACAGUGGCAAAGGCUGCAUUUUGAAGCCUGCCUACAGCAUAAAGUAAUACCAAGAGGUCUUCAGAUCUGUAAAAUGCCUACCUACAGUAAUUCUCUUCCUGAUUUAUUGAAAGAAUGGCAAAUGUACAACCUUGAAAUUAGUGCUGGCUACUUAAGACUGUUAAUAAAAUACUUUACACCCAUUGAAGAACAGUUACGAAAAAGCAUCUCUGAAGAUGUUUUUAAUAUUAAUAGCAAUAUAGACUAUGUCAGCUAUAAACACAAGUUAGAUUAA